AUGCAAGAAGAAGCUUGCCUCUCAGAGCACCGUGAGAGCAUCAGAGCUGCUAAAGAAGACAGGAAGGCACGGGGUGAUGAUGAACAUCAGCUGAAGACACUUGUGAAUAACCAGCCAACUGUACACCUAGGCCAGAAUUCUGGUGUGAAGUUUCAAAACUUAGAUGAUGUCCUGUCGGGGUUAAAGCUUGGGCCUUUCCAUUGGCGUAUGCUGGUACUGGUCGGUGGUGGCUACUUUGCUGCUUGUUCCGAGAUGAUGGUGUUUGUAUUUCUGAGCUCCCCAUUGAAGAAAGAAUGGAGCCUUGGUGAACACAACUUCUCUUGGUUGCCUUUCAGUACUGGAAUUGCUGGUGUCUUUGGGGGCUUCAUCGCUGGGACUGUCAGUGACAAGUAUGGUCGACGAAUACCUUUCCUUGUUGGCAUCGUCAUUAUAGGAGUGGCUGGCUUGACUUCAGCAUUCGCCCCAAACUUCCCGCUGUUCAUUGCCUGUAGAUGCCUGGUCACUGUGGGAAUCGGAACCUUUGAGUCUGUUGGUUUUGUUCUGUUGCUGGAGUUCUUGCCCAGUCGACAGAGAGGCCCUAUCUUGGUGACGGUGACCUUGUGUGGGGCCCUGGGUGCUGUCCUGGCUGGCGGCUUUGCCUGGCUGAUCCUCCCAAACUGGGGCUGGCGUUGGUUUGUUGGUACAUGCGCAGGCCCUGCCUUUCUGCUACUCUGUUACCAACCAUUUGUCUUUUUUGAAACACCCAGGUUUUUACUGUCAUGUGGGAGAAAACUAGAAGCAAUUAAUGUUCUCAAAAGGAUGGCCAAGAUGAAUCAUUCAGAACUGCCAGAUCUGGAUACCGUUACCUGUCCACCAUCAAACAGGCCAAGAGGGAAUCUCCGACAGCUGUUUUCUGACAAGUAUUUAUCCAGCACGUUGACAUUUUCAUCCAUCUGGUUCCUUCAGGCGGCCGGAUAUUGGGGCAUCACUGUCUACCUUCCCGAGUACAUGGCCAAAUUAGGAGCAGAUCCUUAUUUCAACAUGUUCUCUAUAUUCAUAGGAGAAAUACCUGGCUUGUUGUUAGCUAUGAUCCUUAUAGAGCACUACAUGCUGGGCAGAAUACGGACUUUACGUUUCUUUUCAGCCAUGACCGCAUUAUCUUUGUUUGUAUUCAGUUUUAUACCCGAGCAUGCAUUUAAAACCGUUCUCAUUAUACUGUGUUACUUCAGUAUGGUUCCAAUCUAUUCUAUUCUGAACACAGUAACUCCUGAAUUAUAUCCUACAGAGGUACGCAGCACAGCAAUGGCAUGGGUAAAUAUAUUGAUAGAAGUGCCAGGGCUGCUUACUCCCUUUAUUGGAGCGACAUUGUUGUCUAGUGAUCUCCCUUGGCUGUAUCCUGUAGUCUGGGGAUCUGUAUUUUUGAUUCAGUUUGCUAUUACUUUUGCUCUGAGAAAUGAAACUGCUGGAAAGGCAAUAGAGGAUCACCAGCUUGAUAUUACUGCGUGA